CACAAGUUAUCUUUCUGUAUGUCAAGAAACUGAAAUAGACUUUUUAAACUUAUGUUUCCAUAAAGGUGGAGUGAUAUGGAUUAUAUAUUUAACUAAGUAUUUCAAAAAUAUUAAGAAAAUUGGACAAAACUUGACCCAUGCAGGUCUCGACACUCUAACCAACUGAGCUAAUGGGCCUGUUGUUCGUAUGGUACAAAUCAUAAAAUUUGAAGUCCUUUAUCUUCUAAAAGCCUAUAAGUACAGGAUCCAAAAUCGUAUUAAGGUGAAGUUUGAAGAAUCGAAAAAGAGGAAACCAUGAAGAGUAACGAGCCACGUUCAAGCUCAUCUUGUGCAGCUUGCAAGUUGUUAAAGAGAAGGUGCACUCCAAAUUGUCAAUUCGCUCCAUAUUUCCGGUCCGAUGAGCCCAAGAAAUUCGCCAACGUUCACAAGGUGUUUGGGGCUAGCAAUGUGAGCAAGAUCCUGAACGAUGUGCCCGAGGAUCAGCGAGAUGAUACCGUUAAUUCUCUCGUUUACAAGGCCGAGGUGAGACUCAGGGACCCUGUUUAUGGUUGCAUUGGUGCCAUAGCUUCGUUACAACGAAAAAUGGUGGAGCUACAACAUGAUCUAAUGCUUGCUCAAACUCGCCUUGCUUAUUUUGCUGCAAAGCAAAACCCUACUACUAAUUGUUCCUUAAUGUUGGAUUAUGAUCCUUUUAAUGUCGCCAACAUGAUGCCUUCUGAUUUUGUGGAUGUUCCUGUCACCGCUGGGUACUUAGAUAGCUAUGCCCAAAAUUCAUUUGACAUGGACCAUUGUGCAUCUACUAAUGAGUUUGGCCAAUUUCCAUUCCCUUGAUCACCCCACCCCAUCUCUAGUUCUUUGCUUCUUCUGUCUUGUGUCGUUAAUUUGUAAGGACUUUGCAGAAUGGUAUGGAACUCCAUGGUAUUUAAUGUAA